AUGCCCGAAAUCCAUCCCAAAGAAGAAGAAAAUUCAAACAGCAACAACAACAAUCGUAUGGUCGAGAAGAAUCUUGAUCCCGCUGCACCCUCCUCGUCUCAACAGAAGGAUCCUUCCACACAAGAAGAACAAAUCAAAGACUCGAGAGAACCCAAAAUUCGUUAUCAUGACCAUUGGACCAUCUUUAAAUCAUUUGGAUGGAGUUGGAUUUUAAUCUUGUUAGGAAUGUUAGGUUCGAUGGGAACUGGUGUCAUCAUGUUGGUCUUUCAAUUCAUAUUUGGUGACUUGAUUAAUAUCUUCCAACCUGUGAAUGGAGUCAUGCCUACUCAAGAUGAAAUGAGAAAUGCCAUCUCCAUCAUUUCAUUGAAAUUCACAGGUGUUGCUAUUGGAGGAAUGGUUUCGAGUUUUAUGGCUCAAUUUUUCUUGAGUUGGGCCAGUGAACGAAUUGGUAUUUCAUUACGAAGGGAAUAUUUCAACGCAUUGACUCGUCAAGAAGUUGCCUUCUUUGAUAUCAAACAAACUGGAGCAUUGACCGUUGCCAUGAGUGAAGACAUUUCAAGGAUUCAAGAUGCUUGGACCAACAAAUUGUCCUCUGUCAUGCAACACUUGACGACCAUUAUUGUUGGUUUGGUUCUUGCAUUUGUGAGUAGUCCUCAAAUGACAGGUGUGACCAUUUCCACUGCUCCAUUAAUGAUUGCCAUUGGUGGAAUUAUGGGAAAGUUCACUGAAAUGAUUAGUAAGAGAUCGGGAGAGAUCAUUGCCAAGAGUGCCUCCAAAGCAACAGAAGUUGUCUCUGCAUUUAAAACUGUGAAAAGUAUGGGAUGUGAAGAGAGAGAACAAGUACAAUUUGCAUUCAUUCUUAAAAAGCUUCAUUUGUAUGGCUUAUUGAAGGCAUUUACACAGGGAGUGAGUAUGGGUUCUGAAAAUUUGAUCUUGUGGGGUACAACCUCUCUUGCGUUUUGGUAUGCUGGAAAUUUGGUUGUCGAUGGAGUGAUUGUUAUUGGUGAUUUGGUCAAAGUAUUUGGUUUAUUAAUCUUUGCAAUCUUCUCAAUGGCCCAAGCAUUUAUCAUGUUGCCAGACAUUUCCAAAGCCAUGAACUCUCAAAGAACCUUGUUAUUAGUCAUUAAAAGACAACCAGCCAUUCCUUUUAAAGGAGGAAAGAGUUUAGGACAAGAGGUCGGAAAAAUAGAAUUCAAGAAUGUGAAAUUCUCUUAUCCUUCUCGUCCCAAUGUCACUGUCCUCAAAGACUUUUCAUUGGACAUUCGAACGGGUCAGUCGAUUGCUCUUGUUGGACCUUCUGGUUCUGGAAAAUCAACCAUUGUUGGUUUAUUAGAAAGAUUUUAUGAUCCAGAGGAAGGAAGUGUUUUCAUUGAUGGUGUAGAUAUUAAGGAUAUCGAUCCCAAAUGGUUGCACAAAAAUGUUGGAAUUGUGACACAAGAACCCAUCUUAUUUGCAACAACUAUUCGAGAAAACAUUGCCUAUGCUGUUGGAAAUGAAAAUGUAUCAAAUGAACAAAUUGAACAAGCUGCAAAAGCUGCCAACUGUCACAAUUUCAUCAUGGAUCUUCCCAAUGGAUACAAUACCCUACUUGGUGAAAAAGGAAUUUCACUUUCAGGAGGACAAAAACAACGAGUUGCCAUUGCCAGAGCUCUCUUACAAAAUCCAAAGAUUUUAUUGUUAGAUGAAGCCACGUCCGCAUUAGAUACUGAAUCUGAAGCUUUGGUUCAAGCUGCUUUGGAAACAUUAAUGAAAGGAAGAACAUCCAUUUCAAUUGCUCAUCGAUUGUCGACCAUUCAAAAUUGUGAUGUGAUUUAUGUGUUAGUGAAAGGUGAAAUUAAGGAAAAGGGAACACAUGCUGAGCUCAUUGCAAUGGAAGAUGGAAUUUAUAGAAAAUUGGCAGAAAAACAAACCAUAUUAGGUGAUAGUUCUCAUCAAGGAUCUUCUUUCAAUCAUGAUCUUGAAAAAUCAGCUUGUCAUCAAUAA